CACAUAUAUACCGAUAAUUAUAGAAUCAGCUGUAAAAAUAAAUAAAUAAAUAAAUAAAGUAGCAAAGUCCACCUCAGAGACAAUUAAAAUAUGUAUUUUUUUUGCAGGUACAAGAAAAAAAAAAUCGCAUUUAUUUGAAACACAACUCAGCACAGUCACGUGAUGCGUCUUCGGCCCUACCUGCAGCGUACCCGGAUGCAGUCAGACUUUACCAUCAAACUUUUAUUUUUGUUUGUUAAGAAAGUACAUGUGAAUGCGAAACAUCUAUAUAUUUGUUGUAUACAAGUCCACGGUUAACACCAAACAGAACACAACUGUCGCCGUUUGGAAAUGUGUUUUCAACAUAUGUUGCCAGCUUAGACAGACGAAAAAAACUUUAUGUAAAAAAUAAAAAAAAUAAAAAAUUAAUCAUUCUUCUGAAUGGCCUGGCUAUUCUGUCAGUCGGUAGGUUACGUGGAGUUUUUUUAUAUUUGUAUUUGUAUUUUUUUUAAAAAGUACAAUAAAACAAGAAUAAGAAGCGACUCCCCGGGUCACAGACUUCCUGGAGAAGUUUGUUGAUACGGAGUGGGCGUCAGAUUAUGACAUUAUAUCCUGAUUCUCUGUAGCGACCGGGUACUGUUUAUUAUUGAACAAACAGGAAGGGAGGUUAAUGGCAGCGCACAAAGUGGGUUUGUCUUAGGACUGAUACUCUGUAACCCGAGCACUUUCUUUGAACUGACAUGGAUUUCAUGUAAUCGGAUAAAUCCUGUUUCUACCUCACCAGAAUUUAAGACCGUACCGUUUAAAACAAGACUCCUGGGAAGCGUCGAUGAUGUAAAGUGAACCACCAGAGCAACUAAGAAACUUAAAUCAAUUCAUGUAUUCAUUUUUUAAAAAAAAAAUCUUGCUUAAAAUAUAAAAUGUGCUACUAGUUUUGAACAUAGUUGUAUUACAGAGAUUUGUUUUUUAAGGGAAGACCAACGGCACAUAAGUAUAUGAAAAGGGUUAUUUGCCUUUUCAGCAAGUUUGAGGACUAACUUUGUGGAAAACGACGUUUGUAUGGUUUAGGAACAAGACGUGCUUAAACAGUAAGGACAAUGAUAAUGUACGGAAGGAGGAACAGAACAAAACUACUAUUGCUUCUCGCAGCGUUUGCGAUUGGGUAUAUAAUCUUUCACAGGAAUACUGUCAAUGACUUGGGGGGUGCUGCUGUGAAGAGGGGUGUAGAUGGAAAGGAACAUUUGGUUCAAGGAGACGAACUCGAGAGAUUGAAAAAAACGGUGUACGAAAAACCUCCACUGGACCUUAAUAACUUGGGUGAGAUGGGGACACCUGUAAAACUGAACUUGGAAGGAGAGGAAAAAAAGAAAGAACAGGAGAGCAUUGAAAAGCAUCAGAUUAAUAUUUAUGUAAGCGAAAAGAUAUCGCUGCACCGCAGGUUGCCAGAGAGAUGGAAUCCUCUGUGCAAACAGAAACAGUAUGAUUAUCGCAGUCUGCCAACUACAUCUGUUGUAAUAGCAUUUUACAAUGAAGCCUGGUCCACUUUGCUACGCACAGUGCACAGUGUGCUGGAGACCUCUCCGGAUAUCCUGCUCAGGGAAGUCAUCCUGGUCGACGACUACAGUGAUAGAGAACAUUUAAAGCAGCCUCUAGAAGAAUACAUUUCCUCCCUGAGGAAAGUGCGUCUUGUUCGAGCAAGGAAGAGAGAAGGGCUGGUCAGAGCUCGGUUGCUAGGCGCUUCAAUAGCGACGGGGGAUGUGUUGACGUUCCUAGACUGUCACUGUGAGUCUCACGAAGGCUGGUUGGAGCCGCUGCUUGAGAGAAUAAAGGAAGAAGAGACGGCAGUGGUGUGCCCAGUGAUCGAUGUGAUUGACUGGAAUACCUUCCAGUACCUGGGGAACCCUGGGGAGCCCCAGAUUGGAGGGUUUGACUGGAGGCUGGUCUUCACCUGGCAUGUGGUCCCAGAACGUGAGCAGAAACUAAGAAGAUCCCCCAUUGAUGUCAUCAGGUCUCCAACUAUGGCUGGAGGCUUGUUUGCCGUCAGUAAGAAGUAUUUUGAGUAUCUGGGUACCUACGAUACAGGAAUGGAAGUCUGGGGAGGAGAGAACCUGGAAUUCUCUUUCAGGAUCUGGCAGUGUGGUGGAAGCUUGGAGAUUCAUCCAUGCUCUCAUGUAGGCCAUGUGUUCCCCAAACAAGCCCCAUAUUCCCGGAGCAAGGCUUUGGCUAACAGUGUCCGCGCUGCAGAGGUGUGGAUGGGUUCUUACAAAGAGCUCUAUUACCACAGGAACCCCCACGCCCGCCUGGAGCCGUUCGGGGAUGUAACCGAGAGAAAAAAACUCAAAGAGAAACUUGGAUGUAAAGAUUUUAAGUGGUACUUAGAAAAUAUUUACCCAGAUAUCCACGUACCACAAGACCGACCAGGAUUUUUUGGCAUGCUGAAGAACAAAGGGAUGGCCAAUUAUUGCUUUGACUAUAACCCACCUGAUGAGCACAACAUUGCUGGUCAGAGAGUUAUCCUGUAUCCUUGUCAUGGCAUGGGUCAGAACCAGUUCUUUGAAUACUCGACUUACAACGAGAUCCGGUACAACACCCGGGAGCCAGCCGGCUGUAUCGCAGUGAAUUCUGGGACAGAUUACUUGACAAUGCAACUGUGCAGAACAGCUGAGCAGGAUGUCCCCGAGGAUCAGAAGUUUAUCUUAAGAGAGGAUAGCACCUUCUACCAUGUCCAGACCAAGAAGUGCCUGCAAGCUGUCGAUGAGUCAUACAAAGGUAGCCCGGCUCCUGUGUUGAAGCCCUGCACGGAUUCCGACUUGCAGAAAUGGUUUUUCCAGGAGAGAACAUAACAAGAACUCCUCCUUACAAACAAAUGUGUGCUCAGAGGAGCUACAUCCUAAUGCUGUUUGGUUUGUGUACAUGAAAUGGCAGCUACAGUCUUUGUUAGAUAUUUUUACACAUUUUUCAUUAUCGUAUCUUAUUUGUGGAUAUAUAAAAAACCCUAGUUUGUCAGGAGACAUGUAGACAUGAUACUGCUUUAAACCUUUUCUAUUUAAAAAUCAGCUUGUAAACUGGAGAUAUAUUCAUAUUGAGCAGUCCUUUCAAAAUUCACUCAUUUCAAAGGCAUCCCAGCGAUAGUGUCACCAAGGUUAUGAGCACUGUUCUAAAUAAUGAUAUUUGGUUUGUAAUGUGGGGCUCACCGUAUUUGAACCAAGAGUACAUGUAAGAAUGUGGGUAGUUCAUCCAGAACUAUAAAACACCCAUGGCAGUAUAUUUAGUUAUACUAAAAGAAACCUGUGUCAUUCAAUGACAAAUGUUUUGAACAAAACUCGGUUGUAAUUGGUUAAUAGAUUGAAUUCUACCCAACUGAAAAACAUUUGCUGUUUAAUUCAAACUUCACUUAAUAUAUUACAUUGGAACGGUAAUAAUACAGAGUAGUUGGACACUUCUUGCUGCUUUUUUUUUUUUUUUUUGGUUUGGUUUGUUAUGUUACACUUCAGUCAGUUGGAGAGUCAUGGCUCAAACUGCGUUUACAAUUGUGUGUCACUAAAGAAUAUACCUCCUGGGUAAACAGAACCAGAACCUACUUUUUAUUCCCAUUCUGCUCAAUGUAUUGUGCUUACGAAUGUGCACGUUUAGCUCGUUCGUUUGUUUAAAGUAGGGAGCCACAUCCUUUUAUACUGAUUAUCCUGAAACAGAAAAGAGGUGCUGUACGGCUUGCUGAAUUUGUAAAAGGAUAUGGAGUAUUUAUCUUCAGCAGAGCUAGUUCUGCUAGUUAUGUUGAUAGCAAGUGCAAUUCAUUUUCAAGUAACUGAUUUUGGGGUUGGGAAUAGGGUAUAAUGGUCUCGCACUAAUCUCCAGCAAUGUCUACAAAACAGCUGUUAAUAUCAGGAAUCGUAGCAUUAUCUUAGAGGAGCAAAUCUUAUGGAAAAUGCCUUUUGAAAGAGUCGAAUCUGUAUGCAAAUCUUCUGUGCUGUCAGUCCAGCCCCUAUCACGGGCACUUCUAAUUUGUAAAAAUAAUUAGUGUGAACUUUAUUAUUUACUUGCUACUGUACUGGGUCCAAUUUCUGUUCUGUUUCCUCCAUUGGAAAGUUUGGCACUAGUUGUGCUUUCCUGCUGUUUUUAGGAGCAGUUCACAUUAAAAGCAUUUGGUUAAAAAAAGAACCAAAGAUUGGGCCCCAGUGUGUCAUUUUGUGACAGACUGUAUUGAAUAGGCCAUCUUAUUUUCCUGCCCUUAUGUUGUGCUGUCACUGCUAUUUUUGGGGAGGUGAUACACACCAAUUGGGCCUAAGUGACCUAGAUAAAUAUAUAGUUGCUGCUAUACUACUCCACAUGAGUUUUAACUGAAGAGUUUUGUAAUUGCACUUUCCAGGUCUCCUGUUAUCUUGACCCAGGGGUCUCUAACCCUGGUCCUAGAGAGCCACGGGGUCUUCUGGUUUUCAUUCCAACCAAUUUCUCAAUUACUUAAUUGGACCAAUUAUUGGCUUAAUUAGUCAGCAUAAGACAUGCAGAAUUGGAGCUGUCCAGGACCAGGGUUGGAGAACCCUGUCUUCACCUCAUCUCUAUUCUGUGAUGUCACAGACCCCAGCUGACCCCUACUUAAUACAAACACAGAGUGGAGGUUCUCGGUAGGUUCAUUUAAGGAGAAUCGAAGCUUGAACACCUGAAAAAGGAGUUGUUUGAGCCACAGGUUGAUGAUGGUGAUGAUAGUAAUAAUAAGAAUUUGAGUAAUUUAUCAUUUGUUUGUAAAGGUAUCUGGUCUGAAUGGUGUGGAAUAAUUCUUAGGUGUACCCUUCCAUUUAUGAAUUGUAUUAGAAUACUAUACUGUCUAAUUAUCGUUUUCACAGGACAUUUCCAGUUGUCAUUUAUUCAGUUUGGUGGGACAGAGCCACAAGGAGGUAAAAAAAAAGAGACUUCUAUUGAACAUCAUCAAUGUGCCUAAAAAAAUACAUUAAGUAUAAUUAAGAGAUCUGUGUUUCCUGACCACCAAAAUAUGGUUGAGUUGUUAAAGGGUGUAACAUUAUGAAUUGUGUAUUAAAUGUCCUGUGUGGCCACCAUGCAAUCUUAAUGUUGUUGUUGUUUUUUUUUUUUUUUUUUUAAUUUAUUCGUCCCAAUUUGAAAUGCCCAUUGUAUUUAGGCUCAGCCCACCGCUACCACCCCUGCGCUGACUUGUCCUCCGAAGCGUGUGCCGUCAGCCUACCGCUUUUCGCUCUGUAGGCCAGCCAUGCAGCCAGCCCAGAGCUACAGUGUCAGGACAACGCAGCUUACAGGCAAGCCCUCAGGUGCCCGGCCAGUCUACAGGGGUCACUGGUGCGUGCUGAGCUGAGGACACCCUGGCCAACCUAAGCCCUCCCCCCUGGGUGGCGCUUGGUCAAUUGUGCGCUGCCCCCUAGGAGCUCACGUCCACAGUCGGCAGUGUAAUAGCCUGGACUCGAACCGGCGACCUCCAGGCUAUAGGGCGCAUCCUGCACUCCACAAGGAGCGCCUUUACUGGAUGCGCCUUUCAGGAGAAUUAAUGGGUUAUUUUUAUGUGAUAUUUGUGAAGCUGUAUAUUGGCAAAAUGAAUCUGUCACUGCCCGUGAUUGUUUUUGACUACAUUUCACAUCAGAUCAGAUGUAUUUCGAUGAUAAAACUUGUUAAUCAUGCACACAGAUGAAGUGUCCAUAAGCGUCUCUAAAAUCAUGACAUCUAGUUCUCAACAUAAAAUAAAUAUAUAUAUAUAUAUAUAUAUAUAUAAUAUAUAUAUAUAUAUAUAUUACAGAGAUAAAAUGCCUGUUGCAGAUGUAAAUACCGGCAUCCUAAAACCUUUAAACCUGAUAUAUUGCAGGGGAAAAGUGGGAGAUAAAUAGGUGACGGUAUUUAAGUAAUUUAAAAUAUACUUGUUGAGCAUUUGAAGUAUGUUUUUUUGCACUAUAGCAAUCAUUUGUUGCUUUUGAAUCUGUGCUUUUGUUUGAUGUAAUGUGAACUUGAGUUUGUAUCUGAAGGGUCUGUUUUCUACACUGUUAUCUUUUCUUCUACAAAACACUCCUCCAGCUGAAAGUAAUGCUUCUUAACUAAUCCUGGCACUAUAUUUAAGUGAGGACACUUGACUCGAGAAGCAAACAGGAAACUCAAGUGUGAUUUGAAGCCGUUUCGCUGUGAUGUUUAUAGUUUUGUGUUUUAAAGUGGCCUUAACAAAUAUGAAGUAUUUCAGCUUAACUAGAUUUUUUUUUUAAUAUCUGAAAUUAUAUUUUUAUUGGGUAAUACAUGCAAAGACUAAAAUAAUUACAGAUUUUAUUUUCUUCCAAACAGUAGAUUGGGUGGUUUUUACAAAGACUAUAAUUUAAUUUUUAAACUUGAAUAAAAUAAAUAAAGUAAACCAUCUGAAAA